AUGAGUGCGGACGAGGACGUGCGCUGGCUGGAGUGGGUGACCAAGCAGUUCGAGAGCAUCGCCGGUGACGACAAAGAGAUCGACCUGGAUGAGUUCAAGACGGCGCUCAAGGUCAAAGAGUCUUUCUUCGCCGAACGCUUCUUUGUGCUCUUCGACUCGGACGGGAGCAGCUCCAUCAGCCUGGACGAGCUGCUGGAGGCGCUGGACCUUCUCAUCCACGGCAGUGAGACGGACAAGCUCAGGUUCCUCUUCCAGGUCUACGAUGUGGAUGGAAGCGGUUCUAUCGAUCCGGACGAACUGCGCACGGUUCUGAAGUCGUGCUUGCGUGAGAGCGCCAUCUCUCUGCCGGAGGAGAAAUUGGACGACCUCACCUUGGCGCUGUUCGAGUCGGCCGAUAAAGACAACAGCGGCGCCAUCACCUUCGAGGAGCUCAAAGCAGAACUGGAAGACUUUCCGGAGGUGAUGGAGAACCUGACUAUCAGCGCCGCUAACUGGCUCAAGCCUCCUGAAGCGGACCAGAAGAAGCGGCAGACUCCUCGGUACCUGACGCGGGCCUACUGGCACAACAACAGUCGCAAGCUCCUGUUUCUGUGUGGCUACACUUGCCUCAGCGUGGCGCUAUUCGUGGGCGCCGUCCUGCAGCAUCGUCACAACAGUGCCUGGUACAUGCUGGCUAAAGGAUGCGGACAGUGCCUCAACUUCAACUGCACCUUUGUCAUGGUCUUGAUGCUGCGUCGCUGUCUGACGUGGUUGCGGGCCACCUGGGUGGUCCGGGUUUUGCCACUUGACCAGAACAUCCUGUUACAUCAGAUCGUGGGCUACGCCAUCCUCGGAUACACACUCGUGCACACCACUGCCCACGUCUUCAACUUUGUCCAGCUGUCGGAGCAUAGCGAUUUCAGUGUUUGGGAGUACCUGCUGACGACACGGCCUGGCAUCGGCUGGGUGAAGGGCACAGCGUCUGUGACGGGUGUCGUUCUUCAAGUCGUCGUCUGCCUUAUGGGGCUGUGCUCCAGCACUUUUGUACGACGCAGCGGCCAUUUUGAGGUGUUCUACUGGUCUCACUUGUCCUACGUGUGGGUGUGGUCCCUUCUCAUGGUGCACUGUGCCAACUUCUGGAAGUGGUUUGUGGUUCCGGGUCUGGUCUUUUUGCUCGAGAAGAUCAUUGGAAUCGCUGUGUCCCGUAUGGGAGGUCUAUACAUCGUGGAGGUCAACCUGCUGCCAUCUAAGGUGACUCAUCUGGUCAUCAAGCGUCCGCAGUUCUUCCACUUCAAGCCGGGAGAUUACGUGUACAUCAACAUUCCGGUCAUCGCCAAGUACGAGUGGCACCCGUUCACCAUCAGCAGCGCUCCGGAACAAUCUGAGAGUCUGUGGCUGCACAUCCGCUCCAUGGGCCAGUGGACCAACCGUCUGUAUGAGUAUUUCCGACAGCCGCAGAGUCCGGUGCCGAGUCCGAGGAGGCUGGCGGCGAGCCUGCGUAGGCGACGGCUGAUAAAGACUCCGGUGGGAAACAGAGUUUUUGGCGAGAAUCACCGCUUCUGCAACAUCAAGUGUUACGUGGAUGGACCCUACGGUACCCCUACAAGACAGAUCUUUGCGUCUGAGCACGCCGUCCUGAUCGGGGCAGGAAUCGGCAUUACACCCUUUGCCUCCAUUCUGCAAAGCAUCAUGUAUAGGUAUCGCCGCAGGAAGCAGAACUGUCCCAGUUGCAACUACUCGUGGUGUGAAAACAUAAAGGAUAGCGAAAUGAAGCUACGCAAAGUCGACUUCAUCUGGAUCAACCGCGACCAGAAGUCCUUCGAGUGGUUCGUCAGCCUCCUGACCAAAUUGGAGAUGGACCAGGCCGAUGGGGAGCCCGAAGGUCGUUUCCUGGAGAUGCACAUGUACAUGACGUCAGCUUUGUGCAAGAACGACAUGAAGGCCAUUGGCCUACAGAUGGCGCUGGACCUGCUGGCCAAGAAGGAGAAGAGAGACUCCAUCACAGGCCUGAGGACUAGAACACAGCCUGGACGACCCGAGUGGGCCAAGGUGUUCCAGAAAAUUUCGGAGGAGAACAAAGGAAAAGUUCACGUGUUCUACUGUGGUUCUCCUGCACUGGCCAAAGUCAUUAAAGCUCAGUGCGAACACUUCGGCUUCAACUUCUACAAGGAAAACUUCUGA